GCACUCAUUGUUGCCUCAGAGUGAGCGGCCAGCUAUAGUGUGUGUGCGCGCUUGGGCCUGACUGUAAUGACUAAAAGCAUCAGACGCCUCAGCUGUUGAUACAGCCCAAGAGUGUGUGUGUGAGAGAGAGAGAGGGAGAGAGAGAGAGAGAGAAAGCGAGUGAGGGAGUGUGAGAGAAGUGCAAAAAAGCGAAGAAGGGAAGAAGGCGGCAAAAAAGGAAGGAUACCACAAGCAUGCUGUGCUGUAUAAGAAGAACAAAGCCGGUGGAGAAGACCGAAGAGGCUGAUCAGGAGAUUAAGCAAGAUGGUACCAAACCAGAAGACAAAGCCCACAAGGCUGCCACCAAGAUCCAGGCAAGUUUCCGCGGACACAUAAUCCGAAAAAAAAUGAAGGAUGACGACAAGGAGGAGGACAGUCCUGCUGCUGAGGGCAAGGCUGAGGAAAACGAGGGAGAAAAUAACAAGGAAGAGAAAGCUACUUCUCCAACUGCAGAGAAACAAGAUGAAGCUGCCAAGGAGGAGGAAAAGGCCAAAAGUCCGACUAACUCUCCAGCAGCAGAGGAUAGCAAGGGUGAAGCUCCUGCAACCACCCCUUCAGAACCAAAACAGGAUGUGAAGGAGGAAGCAAAGGAAGCAGAGAAGCCUAAAGAAGCAGAAAGUGCAGAAGUCAAGGCUGAGAAGCCUUCAGAGAAUGUAGACGCAGAGAAGGAGGAAGAUAAGGAGGAGGAGAACAAGGCAGAAGCCAAACAAGCCGACGUGCCUGCCACUGCUAAUGAGACAGCUGAUUGUGAAGCCGAAGUGAACCAAACGCAAGACAAACCAGAUGCUGCAGAAGACUCUGAGCAGGCAGAGGCGGCGAAGGAGGAGGACAAGGCCGAGAGCGCUUAAACUGAACCACAGUUGUAACACGAUAACAGAUAAUUAAACGGUCGCUCUUUGCCCUCUGAUUGUGGAGACAGUCAGUUUUAAUUUGUUUGGUCCUAUAUAUUUUCUUUUGUGUGGCAAAAUGAUUUUCUUACAUCUUGGGUGUUGGGGAUUCUGGGGGGGGAGGGAGGAGGAAGGGGGAGUUUCCAUACGCAACUUUGUGGCUCAAGCUAGCAGUGAACGUGCGAGAACGUGGCUGCUUCCUCCACGUGUGAGAAAACAUUGUGCGUUCAUCGACGUCACCAGAAAGGGACAGGAAACACAAUUUCAUACUCGAUUCAAACCCGUUCGACCCUGGUUUGCAUUUCUAGCUAUUCCCACACACACAACCACAUAUAUUUGCCUUUUUCCAUUUACCGUAGUAAUAGUGCACUGCUAUUUAUUAGGGAGAAGUAUUAUAUGAUUCCCUUUCAGUGUUUUCUGCUGAUGCAUUGUUUUGGCCAGCGUUUCAUGGAUAGCUUGAACCCAUUCGACUCAUUUGCAUGGAAAUUUUCCUCCUGAGAGGGAAAUAAAAAAAAAAAAAAAAACAAACAAACAAACAAAAAAAUCCUCCUCGCAGUCACGAGUAACCAAAACGUUGUGGCUUCUUUCUCAAUGUCCUCGGUGUUGUUAAUGGCGGUUUGAUGAUAUCGACUGGAAAUAUUCCUGCGCUGAUGUUAAAACGAAAGAGAAAAAUCAAACAAAAUAAGUACAAAAAAAUAAAAUAAAAUCAGCCUUUUUCCUUUUUACCUAUGUUCACGUGAGAGUGCAAUGUCCAGUUUGAAUCUAAAAGGAGUUCAAUUGUGGAAAAAAAAUGAAUACGAUUUUAAAAAGUUUCAAUGUGUGUUUUCAAAAUAAAGAAAUGUGCCAAUUAUCAUCA